CAUGAGAUGCUGCACUCAAUCGGCUUUAUUCACGAACACCAGAGGCCUGACAGGGAUCAAUUCGUGGACAUAUACUUCCAGAAUAUUGCCCAGGGGAAGGCCGACCAGUUUGAUGUGAACACAUUUCGCUCGUAUUUCCACGACUAUCACCUCCAGUACGACAUCCACUCUGUUAUGCAUUACCCGGAGAAGAGCUUUUCCAAAGACAAUCUCAACACUAUUGUCGCCAAAAAUGGACAGCGAUUGGGAUGUUUUCAUCUGAAACAGUGUCCAACACUUUUGGACAUUCAAAAGAUUAAUACAGUCUAUAACUGCUCGAAAAAUUGGGGAACGAGUCGUAUAUUCCCCGCAAAAUAG